AUGGCGGACAUCUCUCACAUCACCUCACAGCUCAAAGCUGUCGGUAUCUCCGAGUUACCACCAAUUCCAGGAGUGCCACUAUUUCCUCACCACAAUCCCGUCGAUGUUUACCGUGCUGUCAUCAUCGAGCAGCUUCAAAAGAUCACAGGCGCUGAUCUCGCUGUCAUCAACAAUGCCGUGCAAUGGACCGCGGAUUUAAAGCAUGGAGAUUUGUGCCUUCCAGUCCCUGCUCUGAGACUAAAGGGCAAAAAGCCGGAUGAGCUCGCCCAGGAGAUCGCGGAGAAGUUCGACUCGCCUUUGUUACAAAAACCAAUCGCAGACAAGACGUUUGUCCGCUUCUUCUUCGAGCCAGUCUCACUCGCCAAACUGGUGCUGCCGGCAAUCCACAAGCAACAGACCCAGUAUGGUUUCAACAAAUCGCUUGGGCUGGAGGAUCCAUCAAACCCCAACAGCCGCGCAAAGAAACUUGUCGUGGAGUACUCAAGUCCAAACAUCGCAAAGGAGUUCCACACUGGUCAUUUGCGGAGUACGAUCAUCGGCGGGUUCAUCAUCAAACUGUUCAAGGCAGCGGGUUGGGAAACGGUGUCGAUGAACUAUCUUGGCGACUGGGGAAAGCAGUAUGGUGUUCUCUCCGAGGGGUUUGAAAAGUACGGCAAUGAAGAGGAGCUGCUGAAAGACCCCGUCAAGCACUUGAACUACGUCUACGUCAAGAUCAACCAAGACAACUCUGUCGAGCAGAAGCCGGCGAAGGUACUGGCCGAAAAGAAGGAUGAGUUGGAAAAAUUGAAGAAUCCACCCAAGCCGAAGAAGCCUGCGAAGGGCAAGGAAGCAGAGGCCUCUCCAGCUGCCAAGUGGACCGACGAGCAGGAGCAGGAGCUCCAAACCGUCACGGCMGAACUCGAGAAGGUGCAGCAGGAGUUGGUCGAUAAGCCAAGUAUAGAUGAGCGUGCACGUCAAUUCUUCAAGCGCAUGGUCGACGGUGACGAAAAGGCGCUGGAGAACUGGCAGCGUUUCCGGGACCUCUCCAUCAAGGCAUACAUCGACAUGUACGCUCGACUGAACAUCGAGUUCGACGUAUACAGCGGCGAAUCCACAGUAAAGGUGGAGGAUAUGGAGAAGGCUGCCAACGUUCUUGCCGACAAGGGCAUCRGUGAGGAUAGCAAGGGAGCAGUCAUCGUCGAUUUGACGAAGCACGGAGCGCCAAAACUCGGCAAGACACUGGUCAAGAAGCGUGAUGGUACUUCACUCUACCUCACCCGCGACAUUGCGGCCAACUUUGAGCGUUACGAGGAGUACAAGUUCGACCACAUGAUUUACGUUAUUGCAUCACAGCAGGACGUACACGUCGAACAGUUCUUCAAGAUCUUAUCGCUCAUGGGUCCACCAUACAGCGACAUCGUGGCAAAGUGCAAGCACAUUAGCUUUGGCAUGGUCAAGGAUCCCAAGGGUCAGACGAUGAGCACACGAAAGGGGACCGUCGUCUCACUCGCCGACAGUCUAGAUGCGUCGAAGGACUUCAUGCACGAUGUGAUGAGGAAGAACGCGGACAAGUAUGCGCAAGUCGCGGACCCCGAAGGCACCGCAGACACGCUCGCAAUCUCGGCCAUCAUGGUUCAAGACUACAGUGGCAAGAUGGUCAACGGAUACAACUUCGACAUGGAGAAGAUGACGAGCUUCGAGGGCGACACCGGUCCAUACCUACAAUACUCCCACGCCCGUCUGUGCUCGAUCAAGCGCAAGGCCGAGGUCUCGGAAGAGGACAUGCUCAACGCGGAUCUCAGUCUGAUUGUUGGGAAGGAGGGCGUCCAGCUCAUUCGUUCGCUAGCACAGUGGCCUGAUGUCUUCAUCAACACGUACAAGACCCAAGAGCCGGUCACCGUCCUCACCUACCUCUUCAAGAUGACCCACCUGCUGAGCUCGUGCUACGAUGCCACGGACCGCAACAACAAGAACGCCAAGCUGUUUAGCGUCAUGUAUGCUGAGACGCCGGAGAAGAAGGUAGCGCUGAUGGCCAUGUACGAAGCCGCGAGGAUUGUGCUCAACAAUGGAAUGCAGUUGUUGGGUCUCUCGCCCGUGCAGAGGAUGUAA